GUUUUCAUCCCAACUCGCUACAGUCUGAACUUUCGGAUUGAGGGUGCUGGAGGACGCUGUCACAGUUUUUCUUCUCUCCUCAAUUUCACCACUCGUGGAUCGAAGUAAACUUAAUAUGAAAACAUGUCUGUAAAUGAAGUGUACGUUUUCAGACCAUUCAAGUUGAUUGCUUUACUUUGUGUAUUUCUGGCAUUGUGUCUGGACAUUGUAGCGUUAUUGAGUCCCGCCUGGGUAACCGCAGAGCGGUUUUCUUUGUCGCUAUGGGAAUCAUGCACCGAUAAAGAUUCUGGCUGGAGAUGCCUUUCCACCCUCAAAUCUGACUGGCAGAUAGCCACCCUCGUGUUGCUGCUGGCCGGUGCUGCGUUGACUCUGGUGGCCUUCCUGGUGGCCCUCAUCUCCCUGUGCCGGGGGACACACAGACAGCACUACCGCACAGUAGCCGUGUUCAUGUUCGUUGCAGUGGUCCUUCAGGCCUGUGCACUGGUCCUCUACCCAAUCAAGUUCAUUGAUGGAACCGUCCUGCAGACCUACCAUGAGUUCAACUGGGGCUACGGACUGGGCUGGGGAGCCACCAUCUUCAUGCUAGGAGGAGGCAUCCUCUUCUGCCUCCGGACGGACAUGUAUGAGGACGCUAUGUACUGAGUCCUCAUCUCUCUCCUUCUCCUACUCUCUCUAUCGCUCUCUUGCUCUUUCUGUCACACACACACACACACACACAC